AUGUAUGUCGUUUUUAUUCUUAUUGUCAGCGUUUACAAUGUUUUUAUUUUGAGCACAACUGCAUUGCCUAUUACGUGUCCUAGCUCAACGGGUGAAUGGUGUCAAACUAAAGAGAUUGCUGCUGUAACUAAACAAUGUACAUCAUUUGUAUGGAAGACUACUGCCGAUAAUGAUCGAGUAAACUUUACAAUUUAUUAUGAAUCACUCUGUGCUGAUUGUCGUCAAUUUACUAUUACACAGGUAUGGUUUGCAUAUCAAGCUGUUAUUGAUAUAGUUAAUUUAACAUUUGUUCCUUAUGGAAAUGCUCAUGAAGUUUAUCGACCUGAAACACAAUUAUAUCAAUUCUAUUGUCAACAUGGUUCUGAUGAAUGUUAUGCAAAUCUAAUUCAUACAUGUGCUAUUGCAUCUUACCCAGAUAUUCAUCAACAUAUGCCGUUUCUUUAUUGUAUGGAUUCCACAUUCGGUGAUGUUGAAACAGUAGCAAGACAAUGUGCAAGAAAUACAAGUAUAGAUUUUGAAAAAAUUACAACUUGUACAAAUAGUCGAAUGGGUAAUCAAUUACAACAUAUCUAUGCUGUCCAAACUGAACAAACUAAACCGGCAGAUGCAUUUGUACCAUAUGUAACACUAAAUGGAAAUCAUACUGAUGAAAUUCAAGAUCUGGCUCAAACAGAUCUUAUUGCUCUUUUAUGUAACACGUACAAGGGUUCCAAUCCACCGGCUCGAUGUAAAAAGACAAAAUAA